CUUUUUCAGUACAUAUUUUUCACAAAUUCCCAAAUAAAUUCCUCGAGAAAAAAGGCUUUUACUGACUUUGAUUCUAAUAAUAUAAGUAUAACCUGCCUGCCAUGGAUGUACUCUCGCGGCCUGCUGAAGAAUUUGGUAAUGAUGAAACGUUGGAGCACUUAUGGGCAGCUAGGGCUAUGGAACACAGCGAUAUAUAUUUUAAUGUCCUCUGCUCCGUAGAUACAAGAUGGUUGCGACUGACACCUCAUGAUGAUGUAAUUUAUACACACUUCAGACAAGAUUUUCCAGACCUAGAUGUAUCCUACAUUAAUGAGAAUGAAAUUAAAAACAAUACAAAUAAAUCCAAAUGGAGAAUGUACUGUGAGAAAUUCAAAAACAUAGUUGAAGACUAUAGUUUUGGUACUCUAUUGAGGGCUGAUACAAAAGGUGAUUACUCAGAACAAAAUACUAUGUUAGUUCCCAGAGUACAGUUUUAUGCAAUUGAAAUAGCAAGAAAUAGAGAAGGACUGAAUAAUGAGGUUAAGAAACAUUUCAAGUGUGCGUCUAAAGCCAACUUGGAAGUACCAGAAAAAUCUAAAGUUGCUGUAUAAUACAGCUUUAGCAGUCAUUGCAGCUUUGUAAUUUUUAUAGCAUUACUGAAUAGUCAAGUUUCCCUGAAUUUGUAACUUAACAGACCCAGAGAAGUAGAAAUCAAUGAAUGGCA